AAAACUGCUGUGCUGCCGCAAACCAAAGAGGCCACAAAGAACAAGUUAGAACACAACACCGCAACACGGUGCACGAUGCACAGCCCGCAGCCCGGAAGCCGCCACGUUGUAAAUUGACGAGGCGGGGAAGAGAGGUUCCGCCGCACCGCCGCUGCAGUAUACAUACCGUACCUCCAGUUUUUUGUUUUGUUUGGUGCUUGUACCGGUAGAGCUGCUAGCUAGUAGCAUCAACAUCAUACUAGCUAGUAGUCGCAACCAUGGAAACGACCAAAGGAAAAGCUUGUUCUGGUGAGAGGGCAACGGCUGCCGACCAGCAACCAAAAGCUGCCGUGGCCAUGGGUCUUCCAGCCAUGAUGGAUGCAGAGUCCGCCAUUGCCCGGAAAUGUCUGCAAGUUCCCGUCACUUCCAUGCAUGGGGAGAUGCAAAAGUCCAACAAGGGUGAAUCUUGUCAAGGUCAAGAUGGCAGCGACAAGACGACUUUGACAAGUGUUGGAGUAGGUACAAGCGUUGCAGCGGCCGGUUCCAACCUACGUUCGGCUUGGAGCGAAGGUGUAGCCGCUGUGCGGAAUGGCGAUGUGGGUGCAAGCGCCAGUCUGAGUUUCAAGCUCGCAGAUCAAGUUCGGCCAUCAUCUUCCCGCAGUCCAGCGAUGGGGGCGGAUGGAAGCGCCAGUCUGAAUGUCAAGCAGCAACGUCCGCCAUUGUCGUCUCGCAGUCCAGGAGCGCUUUCCAUUCCAGGACCGAACGACAUUGUCGUGGCAGCUGGUGACAGCAACUCGGCCAUGGACCACACAAUGGCGUACGGCCCCCCGGUAGUGGCCGAAUUGGCAAUGGGUCCUCCGUCCGAAUUGUUGCGCGAAAAAGAGGAAGAAAAUCGUGCUCUUCGAAAGGAAUUGCAGAGAAUUGCCGAUUGCACUUUUGAGGCUUUGGAAGUGGCGCCUUUUGACGGUGAUUCUCCAUUCGACGACGUAUCCGCGUCGUCGAGGAGCACGGUCAAACUGGAAACAUCGUUGGCAAAACGAGGAAUGAAACGACUCGUCCCACUCAUUUUGGCGUUGACUGCCAUUUUGGUUGUGACAGUUCUUGUGAUCGUUCUAUCUCUCCUGUUGACACAUAAUAAUAAUGCGGACAAUCCAGAUGCAACGACAACGGCAGCUUCUUCAUUCUCCACGUCUCCCACAGACCCCGUCCUGGAAACUAUCCGGAAGAAUGGUGUAAUUCGUUGCCGGGCAGAAACUUACGAGGUCAAUCAGGGCCACGGAUUCACCGUGGAUCUGUGUCGGGCAUUGGCGGCCGCCGUCUUUCAGGAUCCGUCCAAAGUGGUUUUUCUCAAAGUUCCAUUUCGGGAACAGUUCCGUGCGAUUGCCAAUGGUACGGUCGAUAUUUCCACAACUCUCAAUACGCUCAACAUGGCAAGAGAUGUCUACCAACAAGAAUCCCGUCAUGGAUUUGCCUACUCGGACCCGUACUUUUACUCGGGCGUUACCAUGGGAGGUCUUCCGACCUUUGUCGAUUGUGUCGACCGAGGGGAUGAAUUCUCGGGGGACUGCAGGAAACUGGUCGUGUGUGUCAUUGCCGCUACCGUCACCAAAGAUAUUGUCAAUAAACACGUUCCAGGGUCCUCCACGCUCUUGGUGGCCAAUGGACCCGAGCUCAUACAGAGCUUUGUCAAUGGAACUUGCAAUGUCAUGGCAGGGGACAUUUUAGAGAUCUAUGAGGAUCGGAUUCGGCAAGUGGAUAAUUACACUGGAGAGUACACGUUUUCCAGUAGAGGACUGUGGUCGUUUGAUCCCCUGGCAAUGAUUACACGACAAUCAGAUCCCCAAUGGGCUGCGUUUUGCAACUGGGUUCUCAGGGCCCUUAUUACGGCCGAGUAUCUCGACAUCACCCAAGCAACGGCGGAUUCCUUUGCUAACACGACACUGUUUGGUGAGGAAUAUCAAGACAUGUUUGUACAGGCCAUUAGGGCCGUUGGGAAUUACGGAGAGCUGUACGCCAAACACUACGAAGGAAGAGUCCCUCGCCAAGGAAUGAAUGUGGUCCAACGAGGAGGACCCAACAAGACAGGUCUCUUGGUAACGGAUCCUCUGGGCAAGAUCUUGAUUGACGAAUCCUUACACCAGGGAGCGCUGCCAGAACCAGUGAAAGGAGGGACGCUGGAAAGCAUUAGACAAAGAGGCUUUCUUCGGUGUGGACUGGUGGGAGAACGUGCCGGAUUUGCAGAAUACAACGAGACAUCUCAAGUUUGGUCGGGCAUGGACGUGGAAUUCUGCAAGGCAAUCUCAGCAUCCAUAUUGACUGGUGAGGUUGACACCAUCGUCUAUCAGAGUUUCUACAAUUUGCCUUCUAUGCAAUUCGCCGCUCUAUCCAACGAGGCAGUGGACGUUUUGGCUGGAGGGACAAUGCAGAUGAAUGCCAACGUGAAGGAGCCCACAACCGGUCAAGGAUAUAGUUUCAGCCCUCCUUACUUUUAUGAAGCUUGGGGUGCAGUUCGUACCCUUGUGACGACGCAAGAUGACCCUCAGUGGUCAGAUCUGGUGCGAUGGGUUUCUCAAGCAACUGUUUAUGCAGAAAGGGAGGGAAUAACGCAACAGAAUGCGUCGCUAAUGCCAGUGGUAGAGCUGUUUGGUACAGAGUUGCGCCAAAUGUUCCGCGAUGCAAUCAUGGCAACCGGAAACUACGAGGAGCUUUACCAGCGCACGCUUGCGGAACAUGUACCACGCGAAGGAUGGAACUUGCUAAACCCAGGCAACGGUGCACAGUUGUUUCCUUACCUGCUCGGCGAGGAAGAAUCCUGGUAUGGCAAGUGAUUUGGUAGCUUGUAGCCUGAAAUCCGAUUCUACUGUCACUGUAGUGAAUAUUUUGAUCAGUUCGUACUACAUGUAAAGUAAUCAAAAACUUUUGCACUAGCUU